AUGGUGAAGUUGCUGCCUGCCCAGGAGGCAGCCAAGAUCUACCAUACCAACUAUGUGAGGAACUCGAGGGCUGUAGGUGUGAUGUGGGGCACACUCACCAUCUGCUUCUCCGUGCUGGUCAUGGCACUCUUCAUCCAGCCCUACUGGAUCGGUGACAGUGUCAACACACCCCAGGCAGGCUACUUUGGGCUUUUCUCCUACUGCGUGGGCAACGUGCUGUCGUCUGAGCUUAUCUGCAAGGGUGGCCCGCUGGACUUCUCCUCCAUCCCCUCUAGAGCCUUCAAGACUGCCAUGUUCUUUGUGGCCUUGGCCAUGUUCCUCAUCAUUGGCUCCAUCAUCUGCUUCAGCCUGUUCUUUGUCUGCAACACAGCCACUGUCUACAAGAUCUGCGCAUGGAUGCAGCUGGCUGCGGCCACAGGCCUGAUGAUUGGCUGCCUGGUCUACCCAGAUGGUUGGGACUCAAGUGAGGUACGGCGCAUGUGUGGGGAGCAGACCGGCAAAUACACACUGGGCCACUGCACCAUCCGCUGGGCCUUCAUGCUGGCCAUCCUCAGCAUUGGAGAUGCCCUCAUCCUCUCCUUCCUGGCCUUUGUGCUGGGCUACCGCCAGGACAAGCUGCUCCCUGACGACUAUAAGGCCGAUGGAAACGGUAAUUCUCUCUACCCCAGGGAGGUGAGGCUUCCCCUCUGCCAGGUGCCUGAGGUUUGGCCACUGGCCAAGGGUGGGGACACCAAGACCAAUCAAACACAGCCCUUGUUGCAGACGCCAAGGGCCAGUGGAGGGUUGCAGGCUGGCAUGCGAUAA